AUGGCUGAAGCCAUCGUGUCACUCCAAAAUGGUCUCAACGGGGACGCGACUGUGCAAUUACCAGAGGGCCCGGGAAACGCUGUCUCAAACGAGGUCGGCGGAACUCUCCAAGCCAUCAGUGAUGAGACAUUAGAGAAAGGCCUCGGGUCAGUUUCUGCCGCCGACCCAGAGGACACCCAAUCUACCGCUGCGACUAUAAAGGUGAAGGCGCCUGUAUCUACCGACGCAAAAACGAGAACAACCCCGGCAGCCGCAAAAUCGGCGACACGUCCGCUGCCCAAAUCAACAGCCACACCUGGUAACAAGCCGGCUGCUGGAAGGCCAUCCAUUGCCCCUGCUCCUAGCUCGAAAACUCCUGCAUCUACUGCGGCUAGGAAGUUAUUGAGUUCAUCCGUGUCUGCACCACCCAAGACCUCAACCGCGAUCUUUGCCACCAAAGCUCCUCCUACAACUAGUACUACUACGACGUCUGCAGUUUCUCGCAGACUCUCUACUGCUCCUCCAUCUACAAGUGCCACUAAGCCUCCUGCUUCGCGUGCAUCCGUAGCUCCCAGUUCCGCAAAGCCCCCUCUUCGUUCUAGCACGGCUGCCAAUACAGCGCUGAAGUCUGCAACAGACGUCAAGCCUGUUGCACCGUCCCGAGAUUCCCCUACCCUUUCUGUCACGGGUGGGAAGGCAACCCCGGUGUCCACUGAUGCCGGCAGAAAGCCUGCUGCUAAUCGUCCGACUCCAACUGCCCCAACUGCUGGGUCCCGACAUGUCAUACGCCCAAGCGUGUCUGCGGCUCGUGCUACCCCUCCAUCCGUUAGGGAUGUUAAAACGCCUCCUACCGCAAAGUCUGAGCUAGACGCCAAAGUCGCCGAAAGCCUCAAAGAGCUCGAUGCGAAGAGCGGAGUGAUCGAGGGGCUUAGGGUGGAACUAAGUGACCUUCAAGCAAAACUUGAGCAUGCCACUGCACAGGGCGUUCAACAAACUGCAGAAUUUGAGAGACUUUCAACAACUGUUAAGGGCUACACCGAAUCCAACCAGACUUUGGUUGCUGACAUCGCCUCGCUGAAGGCCGAGUUUGAAGCUUCGAUUGCAGAAGCAGAAAAGCUAAAAGAGCAGCUUCAAGCUGCACAGACGCAUGCAGCUGCCACAGCCUCGGAGGCAGAUCGGGUCAGGGUCGAAUUGGACGAAGCCAGAAAAUUAUUGGCUAGCGCUUCCGAGCAAAUCAGAACCCUUGAAGAUGCAAGGUCUCAAGGCGAAGCGGCAUUGGUGGAAGCUGUUGCUGUCAGAGCUGAGCUGGAAGUGGCUAGCAAGAAGCACGCUGCAGUGCUCUCCGAGGAAGCUCAAAAGCUCGCUGAUGCUCAAAUCCGGAAUGCUGAAAACGAGAGACUUAUUCAGAAUCUCCGGGCCGAUCUCGAGAAAUAUCAGAAGGACAAUGCGGAGCUCACGAGCAAGAUAGACGAACUUAACGUAGAGGUGCUCGAGGCUAAUGAAGUAGCGGACAAAGAGGUUAAUGGACGUCAAAAGGAGGUCGCCUUGCUCAAACAACAGCACUGGGAAGAGAAGGAUCAAUUAACCAAGAGCCUUCAAGAGGACAUCCAACGCGCAGCCUCAGCUCACGAGGCUGCCGCGAAGAAAUGGGAAGAAACACUUGAAGCUACAAGGGAGAAGCACACGUCUGAUCUCGCUGCCGCUCUUGCCGACGCUGAAACUAAGGCCUCUGCCGCUAGAGAGGUGGCACUGACGACAUUGACGGAGCGGCACGAAGCUCGAGUCAAAGCCCAGGUUGAGGAGCAGGAGAAGUUGCUCAUCGCAGCAAAGCAGAAUCAUGAGCAGGAGAUUGCUUCCUUGAAUAAUACUGUUGAUAGAUUGUCCAAGGAUCUUGAAGCUCAACAAGCGAAAUUCGAUGCUCAAGUCCGCGAAAUUCGCAAUCAGCAUGAUGAGUUAUUGCAGAAGGCGUUCAAUGAUGCCAAAUCUGAAGCCGCUGCCGCUCAUGCACAGGAACUAGCAGCUUUCCGUGCUCAAUCUCAGGCGACUCACGAACAAUUGCAAGCCACUCACCAAAACAAUAUCGCAGAGCUCAGUGCAUCCCAUAAGGAGAUUCUGGAGGAACAAACAGGCGCACUCAAUAAGCAUAUUAAGGAACUCUCUGUCAACCUUGCCGCCACUACUGAUGAUCUCGCGAAGAGUAAGACACAUCUCGCUUCUUCUGAGGAGGACAAGGCUGUUCUCAAGGAACAGGUCAAUGAAGCGCGCAAUGCCGUUACGACGGCAUCCGCAAGUGCUGAUGCCGCCGCUCAGGAGAAGCUGGCGCAGGCGAGGAGGGAGGUGGAGAGUGCCAUUGAUGACAUGAACACCUAUAAAAAGUUACUCGAGGACACUCAACUGUCUUUUGCCUCGGAUACCGACGCGCACACUGCGGCACAUGCCCGAGAGUUGGAGGACAUAGUGUCCAAACACACUCAAGAUAUUACGACUUUGAAAGAUCAGCAUGAGCAAGAGUUGGCUCACCACAACGCUGAGAAGGCCGAACUUCGUCAUGUGCUCGAGGACGAGCGGGAUGCGAAGGAGAAAGCCUUGGCACAAAUCGCGACAUUCCAACAGGUCCGCUCGCCCCCUUCUUCGCCGCGACACACUCCGAGUAAAGCGGGAGUGAGCAAAGAGGAAAUCGAGAAGCUCCACCAGGCUCACAACGUGACUUUAAUGACGUUAGAGGCGGAGCAUAACAAAGAAAUGCAGGCGUUGAAGGAUCAAGUUGCUCGGCUCGAAGAGUUGGUCAACGAGGUGCAGGGUGAGAAGGAACAUAAGGAACUGGAGCUUGUAUUUGCAACUCAAGAGAAGGGUGAGCUUGAAGAUGAUCUCAAGCGGCAAGCUGAUGAGCUCAGCCAACUCAAGGCUCGCGUCAGCGACAUUUCUGCAUCGGCAUGA